AUGCCAGCCAACCCUAUGUACGAGCUUCUCAUGGGGGCCGAGGACCAUCGGUCUGAGCUCCAGCAGCUCCGCAAUACCCCCUUCGGCGGCGUCAUCCAAGUGACUGACUUCGAGGAGCGUCUCAGGUCACUCAACAAUGUGGCCCAUAGGCGCUUGGCAAACCACAUCGCCGAUUUCCUGGACUUCCCUAGCCUCGCAGGCGGGGCGGAAGACAAUUGGGCGCGAUUGAUCGCACCCAUCAUGUAUCAGAUCAAUACUGUCUACAUCGCCCUCCUCGAUCAAAUCGAUCGGGGCGAGCUCACAAGGUCCGACUCCUCUUCCUCCCGGGUUCGGGUCUGGGAUGGCUAUUUCGGCGACUGCUUCAAGCCAGUCGGACUAGGCGGAACUACCUCGCCCAUACCCACUCCUUCCCACUUCAACACCACCCAGUCGACCGGCAUCCUGGCGGACACACCGGUCGUCACGGAGCAGAACCUGGCGAAGGAAGUCAAGGCGAUGGCGCAGGUAGUGGUGGAUGAGCAGGUGGAGGAGGUCCGCCAGCUCAUCGCGGCGGUUAAGAAGGAGCAGGCAGAGGCGGAGUCCCGAUCGGCGGAGAAAAUAAAGGGAUUGGAGGAGGCGCUGAAGGAGCAGAAGAAGGAGAUGGAGGAGAUGAAGGGGAUCUUCGAGUCCGCCAUCAUCGCCGAGGUUGCGAAGCGGGACGGACAGCAUCAGGCAACGCUGGAAGAGCUCCGUGCGCAAAGGGAGGCAGCUGCCAAGUUGGACGCGGGACUUUGGGACGAGGUCGAGGCGUUGAGGGCGAAGGUGGUGAAGGUCGAGGAGAACACGUCGACGGAUCAAUUCCUCGUUGAUGCCGCCAUCCUCCACUCGAACGCCAUCGCGGAGAUCUGCAAGCAGCAGAUCAUGGCGGUCAAUAUUGUCCUUUCGGCGCGGGAGGAGGCGGUGCAGCAUAUCGACACGCGGGUGGGAUUCCAGCUGGAGGGGCUGGAGGAUCUGGUGGAUAGUAUGGAUGGGAGGAUGCUGCAAUUCGAGAAGCGGAUUGCGGCGGCUAUCCCACCACCGGGCGGAUCCAGCAAUCUUGCCUCUACUCCGUCGGCUCCGACUCCGGCGGCAGCUCCCGGCUAUGGCCAGUUUGCCUUCGGCCCCCACGCCAACAACUCAGCUCCUUCUAACCCUCCCUCUGCCCCUCCCUCCCACCCUCUCGCGACCGGCUCGAGCACUACCACUAUCACGGUUCAUCAUCCCAGUAACCACGUCACGGUCAAGCCGCCCGUUGACUCCGCCUACGUCCCUUGGAUGCCGGUGCAGUACUCGCAGUAG